AUGUUGCUAUUACUGACGACGGUAGCUAGAUAUUAUACUGCCAGCAUAAUCGUGGGCACCCUCGCGUUGGCCUACGGGUCCGUACCUCUGUAUAAAAUGAUAUGCCAACAAACCGGCUGGAAUGGCCAACCUGUCCAAGUCCACAAUGCCGGAGAUGGCGAUACUGCCUCACGAUUGAAACCCGUCACCGAAUCGCGUCGUCUUCGCAUCACAUUCAACGGGUCUGUAUCUGACGUAUUACCCUGGAAAUUUACACCACAGCAGCGAGAAGUCCGUGUCCUCCCUGGAGAGACUGCAUUGGCUUUCUACACUGCCACCAACAAGGGCCCCGCAGACAUCAUCGGCGUAGCGACAUAUAGCGUGACCCCUGCACAAGUGGCACCAUAUUUCAGCAAGAUCCAAUGUUUCUGCUUUGAGGAGCAGAAACUGAACGCGGGCGAGUCUGUCGAUAUGCCGGUGUUUUUCUUCAUUGAUCCGGACUUCGCAAAGGAUCCGAGUAUGCGGAAUAUAGACACGAUUACUUUGUCAUACACCUUUUUCAAGGCCCGGUAUGACGAUAAUGGUAUUUUACGACCCACGGCGUAG